CCCCCUCUGCGGGCAGCCCUGCGAGCCGCCCCCGAGGCUCUGGCGCACUCGGCCAACUUCCUCAACAUGCUCUUCCAGACCAACGACAUCCGCGAGGCCAGCGUGGCCGAGGACGUGGAGUGGUACCAGGCGCUGGUGCGCAGCCUGGCCGAGGGGCACCCGUGGGUGCGCAGGGCGGUGCUGGCCCUGGACGCGCACCCGCUGGCCCCCAAGCCCCGGCUGAUGCUGCAGGCCACCAAAGGGGACGGCCAGAUCCUGCUGCAGGACGUUUCCAGCGCCGCUCCCAGCCUGGGCAACCUCAGCUGGGACAACGAGUGGUUCAACGCGCUCAAGGCGCAGCGGGUCCCGGCGCUCCGCAAGCGGGUGCUCAGCAAUGACCUGCGCAGCCUGGAGACCCCCAAGUGGCAGCGGGGCGACAGCUACGUGGGGGACCCGGGCCACGUGCGCUGGUCCCCGCCGUUCCUGGAGUGCCGCGAGGGCCAGUUCCUGCCCACCUGGGUGGUCACCCUCUCCUCGGCCUUCUACGGGCUCAAGCCGGAUCUCAGCCCCGAGUUCAAGGGGGUCGUGCGGGUGGACGUGGAGCUGCGGGAUGUGGCCAUCGACCAGUGCUCCAGCGGGCCGGGCUGGUUCUCGGACACGCAUCGCUGUGACCUCAACAGCACCCAGUGUGUCCCCCAGGAGAGCCGCAGCUUCGUGCUCGGGAGGUACCUGUGCAGGUGCAAGCCGGGUUUUUACGGGGCCGGUGGAGUGGCCAGCGGUGCCUGGGCAGGUGUGCCGGGCUCGGACGGGGGCUCCCGGCUGCAGUGCCGCCCGUGCCGCCCGGGCUGUGCCACCUGCCAGGACGACACUCCCUGCCUGAUCCAGGAGGACCAGGUGCUGCGGGCAGCGGUGCUGUCGUGCCAGGCCUGCUGCAUGCUCGCCAUCUUCCUCAGCAUGCUCGUGUCCUACCACUUCCGACGCAGCAAGAGGAUCAGGACAUCAGGAAUCAUCCUGCUGGAGACCAUCCUCUUCGGCUCCCUCCUCCUCUACUUCCCCGUGUUCAUCCUGUACUUCAAGCCCAGCAUCUUCCGCUGCAUCGUCCUGCGCUGGGUGCGGAUGCUCGGCUUCGCCAUCGUCUACGGCACCAUCACGCUCAAGCUCUACAGGGUGCUGAAGGUGUUCCUGUCCCGCACGGCCCAGCGCGCUCCCUACGUGUCGAGCGGGCGGGUGCUGCGCAUGCUGGCGCCCAUCCUGCUGCUGGUGCUCUGGUUCCUGGCAGCCUGGACCAUCGGCAUGCUGGAGAACGCCCACAAGAACAUCCCGCUGGUCAUCCGAGCCCAGACCAACCGCGGCCUCCACUUCUCCAUCUGCGGCCACGACUGCUGGGAUUACAUGAUGGUCAUCGCCGAGGUGCUGUUCCUGCUGUGGGGCAGCUUCCUGUGCUACGCCACGCGCGCCGUGCCCUCGGCCUUCCACGAGCCCCGCUACAUGGGCAUCGCCCUCCACAACGAGCUCAUGGUCUCUGCUGCCUUCCACGUGGUCAGGUUCCUGAUUGUCCCCUCGCUGCAUCCGGACUGGACUCUGCUGCUCUUCUUCGCUCACACCCACGGCACCAUCACCAUGACCCUGGCCCUGCUCUUCAUUCCCAAGUUCCUGCACACGGGCUCGCCGCUGCGGGAGGAGAUCACGGCCGAGGUGUACGAGGACGAGCUGGACAUGCGGCGCUCGGGCUCCUGCAUGAACAGCAGCAUCGCGUCCGCCUGGAGCGAGCACAGUCUCGACCCCGAUGACAUUCGGGAGGAGCUGAAGAAGCUUUACCGGCAGCUGGAGGUGCACAAGACGUGGCGGAUGGCGAGCAACAACCCGCACCUGGGCAAGAAGCGCAGCUCCCGCCGCAGCCUCGCCCGCUCCAUCCUGCGCCGCGGCGGAGCCGAGCCGGCCGAGAGCGGGGAUCGCACGGGGACCCGCCACCUGUCCGCGCCCGCCCCGAGGGUCCCCAGCGACACGGCGACACCGCAGAGCGCCAAGGGAUCCCAGGAGGACGUGGCCCCGCUGGGAGAUGCCAAGGGACACAAACACGUCACCUACGGGCCCGUCAAGAGCGUCAGCGUUGACAGCACGCACCCGCCCAGGAGGGUGAGGGUGACCGUGAAGAAAACUCCCCCUCCGCCCCCCGUUCGCUACCAGAGCCUGCAGCGCUCGGGGACGCUCGGGGACGGCUCGGAGCCACCCCCGGCUGCCCCGGCACAGGCGGGAGAGGCGGAGGGGACAGCAGAGGACGAGCCGGAGCGCGCGUCCCCCCCGGCAGAGAAAGGCAGGUUGGUGACCCCGAGCGCCAGCUCGGCUCACGUCUGUCCCUGGGAGCUGGUGCAGGAAGAGAUCCUGAGCAAGAAACAAAAAGCGGCCGAGGCAGCAGAGUCAGGGAGCGCCGGUGACACAGUGGCCACCAGCCCCGGCAUCAAGCCGCCCUCCCAGAAGCGUUUCCGGAGCCUGGGACUCGCCAUCAAAGCCCUGAACCGCUCCAAGGGGAAGAGCAUCCUGAAAGCGAAAAGCGAGGGGAGCCUCAGGAAGAAGGGGAGCAGCAGGAGGGAGAAGUCCGGGCUGGCAGAGACCUCGGCCGUGUCCCUCGGGGGGUUCAGCCCGGACCCCGCUGCCAAAAGCCCCGAGAGGAGCGGGCAGAGCCUCGCCCUCCAGCACAACAACAACGCCGCCAUCCCCGGGGAAGCCGCGGACUGGGGGGACAGCGGGACAGGAGGACAAUGGGACAGCCUGGCCCCGGGGACAGACGAUGGCGACAAAGCGGCGGAAGAGCCCAGCGCUGCCCCAGGGGACGCGGGUGCUGGUGAGGGUCUGGAGCCACCCAGCCCGGGCCACCAACGUCCCGCGGAGGUGGCACAGCCACAGGAAGGGGACGAGGGUCUGGGGGAGGACAUUCCUGAAGCCACAGAGGAGGAAGGGGCACUCAAACAGCUCGAGGGGGCUGGAAGGACGGAGGAGGAGCAGCCGCCCGCAAAGCCCACCCCGAGCAGCGUGCGGGGCGCGGCGGGGGCCGAGGUUGGUCCGCCCGGAAUCCCGGCUGGAAGGGGAGCGUUGCUGCGCCAGGAGGCGAUCGCUGCCCGGGAGGAUGGUGGGAUCCCCGAGAGCCCGGACAAGGCGCUGGAAAAGGGGAGCUGCCAGCCCGAGCACGAGCGGGGCCCCGGGAGGAGCUGGAGCGGGGCUGGAAGCGCGCAGGGAGAGCUCAGUCCUGGGGGAGAUUCCAGUUCCAAAUCAGGAAUUUUUCCGGGGAAGGGUGGUAGUGAGGGGGAUUCUCAGCGCUCUGUGGGUGUGGGAAAGCCACCAGAGCUGCCGAGAGUGGCCGGGGAUCAAGCAGAGGGCAGGAGGGCUGAGGUGUGCCCGUGGGAGAGCCGGGAACAGGGAAGGAGUGUCCGAGCAGAAAUCUGCCCCUGGGACACAGAGGGGGCUCGGCCGGAGCAGGAGGGGCAGGCAGCCCCCAAAUCUGAAAGUGUGGAGCAGCCUGGGAUGGGGCUCGCAGGAAAACCCCCAGCUCUGCCCAAACCCUCAUCCCAGAGGGCGGGAACCACGGAGAGCAAAAAGGCCAACAUCUGUCCCUGGGACGUGGAGGAUGAGUUGCGCCCAAAACCAGAGAUCUGCCCCUGGGAAGAGACUGAUUUUCCAUCGGGGAGGGACAGAUUGAAGCAGGACACGGGCGGCUCUUCUAAAGGGGAAGAAAAAGUGCGAUCCAGAGCAUCAGAAAAAGGAAAGCAGCCCCCAGGCAAAACUCUGCCCGAAUCUUCUUCAGGGAAAUCUCAGAGCUUGGAGAGGGCAGAGAUCUGUCCUUGGGAGUCUCAGGAUUCCAAAUCCAGUGAUAAAGCUGAAAUCUGCCCCUGGGAGUCUAAGGAUCUUAAAUCCAGUUAUAAAGCAGAGAUCUGUCCCUGGGAAGUGACUGAACCUCAGCUGGAGAAAGGAACAGUAACACCAAAGGAGAGACUCCCAGCAAAAGAAGCCUCCAAAGCUCUGGAGAAGGGGAGCAGAGAGAGAGAAUUGAUCUGUCUUUGGGAGAGCCCGGACAUGGAGCAGCCGCCAGCCAAAUCCCAAAGGGAGAGCCCAGCACUGCCCAAAUCUCCUUCAGGGAAAUCCCAGAGCUCAGAGAGCCUCAGGGCAGAGAUCUGUCCCUGGGAGAGUCAGGACUCUAAACCCAGUGAUAAAGCUGAGAUCUGUCCCUGGGAAGUGACUGAACCUCAGCUGGAGAAAGGAACAGCCCCAGGAAAGGAGAGACUUGCAGGAAAAGAAGCCACCAAAGGUCCAGAGAAGGGGAGCAGAGAGAGAGAUUCAAUCUGUCCUUGGGAGAGCCCAGACAUGGAGCAGCCUCUGUCCAAACCCCAAACUGGGAGCUCAGAACUCCCCAAAUCUCCUUCAGGGAAAUCCCAGAGCUCAGAGAGCCUGAGGGAAGAGAUCUGUCCGUGGGAGUCCCAGGACUCCAAAUCCAGUGACAAAGCUGAGAUCUGUCCCUGGGAAGUGGCUGCACCUCCCUCCAAGGGGGACAAGCGCAUCACGCGCCAGGCAGCGCUGGCCAGCCCGGACAGAUCCCCGGGCAGCAGAGACCGAGUGUCCGUCUGUCCUUGGGAGAGCCUGGACACAGAGCAGCCCCUGGCCAGACCCCGAACAGGGAGCUCAGAACUGCCCAAAUCCCCUUCAGGGAAAUCAAAGAGCACGGAGAGCCUGAGGGAAGAGAUCUGUCCAUGGGAGUCCCAGGAUAUUAAAUCCAGUGAUAAAUCUGAAAUCUGUCCCUGGGAGUCUCAGGACUCCAAAUCCAGUGAAAAAGCUGAAAUGUGUUUAUGGGACGUGGUUGCACAUCAGCUGGAAAAAUCAGCAACCCCAGAAAUGAAGAGAGUGCCACGAAAACAACCUUCCAGAGCUCUGGAGAAGGGGAGCAGAGAGAGGGAAUCCAUCUCUUCUUGGGAGAGCCCAGACACAGAGAAGCACCCAGCCAGAUCCCAAACUGGGAGCCCAGCACUGCCCAAAUCUCCUUCAGGGAAAUCCCAGAGCUCAGAGAGCCUGAGGGAAGAGAUCUGUCCCUGGGAGAGUCAGGAUCUUAAGUCCAGUGAUAAAGCAGAGAUCUGUCCCUGGGAGGUAGGUGAACCUCAGCUGGAGAGUGGAACAGCCCCAGGUAAGGAGAGAAUCUCAGGAAAAGAAGAGACCACAGUUCUGGAGAAGGGGAGCAAGGAGAGAGAAUCAAUCUGUCCUUGGGAGAGCCCAGACACAGAGCAGCCUCUGUCCAAACCCCAAACUGGGAGCUCAGAACUCCCCAAAUCUCCUUCAGGGAAAUCCCAGAGGAAAUCCCAGAGCUCAGAGAGCCUGAGGGAAGAGAUCUGUCCGUGGGAGUCCCAGGACUCCAAAUCCAGUGACAAAGCUGAGAUCUGUCCCUGGGAAGUGGCUGCACCUCCCUCCAAGGGGGACAAGCGCAUCACGCGCCAGGCAGCGCUGGCCAGCCCGGACAGAUCCCCGGGCAGCAGAGACCGAGUGUCCGUCUGUCCUUGGGAGAGCCUGGACACAGAGCAGCCCCUGGCCAGACCCCGAACAGGGAGCUCAGAACUGCCCAAAUCCCCUUCAGGGAAAUCAAAGAGCACGGAGAGCCUGAGGGAAGAGAUCUGUCCCUGGGAGAGCCAGGAUCUUAAGUCCAGUGAUAAAGCAGAGAUCUGUCCCUGGGAGGUAGGUGAACCUCAGCUGGAGAGUGGAACAGCCCCAGGUAAGGAGAGACUUGCAGGAAAAGAAGAGACCACAGUUCUGGAGAAGGGGAGCAAGGAGAGAGAAUCAAUCUGUCCUUGGGAGAGCCCAGACACAGAGCAGCCUCUGUCCAAACCCCAAACUGGGAGCUCAGAACUCCCCAAAUCUCCUUCAGGGAAAUCCCAGAGCUCAGAGAGCCUGAGGGAAGAGAUCUGUCCGUGGGAGUCCCAGGACUCCAAAUCCAGUGACAAAGCUGAGAUCUGUCCCUGGGAAGUGGCUGCACCUCCCUCCAAGGGGGACAAGCGCAUCACGCGCCAGGCAGCGCUGGCCAGCCCGGACAGAUCCCCGGGCAGCAGAGACCGAGUGUCCGUCUGUCCUUGGGAGAGCCUGGACACAGAGCAGCCCCUGGCCAGACCCCGAACUGGGAGCUCAGAACUGCCCAAAUCCCCUUCAGGGAAAUCAAAGAGCACGGAGAGCCUGAGGGAAGAGAUCUGUCCAUGGGAGUCCCAGGAUAUUAAAUCCAGUGAUAAAUCUGAAAUCUGUCCCUGGGAGGUGGCUGAACCUCAUCUGAAGAAGGAAACAGGAUCUGGGAAGGGCAAAAUUCCAGGAAAAGAAGACACCAAAGCUCUGGAGAAGAGGAGCAGAGAGAGAGAAUCAAUCUCUUCUUGGGAGAGCCCAGACACAGAGCAGCCCCUGGCCAGACCCCGAACGGGGAGCUCAGAACUGCCCAAAUCCCCUUCAGGGAAAUCAAAGAGCACGGAGAGCCUGAGGGAAGAGAUCUGUCCAUGGGAGUCCCAGGAUAUUAAAUCCAGUGAUAAAUCUGAAAUCUGUCCCUGGGAGUCUCAGGACUCCAAAUCCAGUGAAAAAGCUGAAAUGUGUUUAUGGGACGUGGUUGCACAUCAGCUGGAAAAAUCAGCAACCCCAGAAAUGAAGAGAGUGCCACGAAAACAACCUUCCAGAGCUCUGGAGAAGGGGAGCAGAGAGAGGGAAUCCAUCUCUUCUUGGGAGAGCCCAGACACAGAGAAGCACCCAGCCAGAUCCCAAACUGGGAGCCCAGCACUGCCCAAAUCUCCUUCAGGGAAAUCCCAGAGCUCAGAGAGCCUGAGGGAAGAGAUCUGUCCCCCCCCCCCCCCCCCCCCCCCCAGCAGAGACCGAGUGUCCGUCUGUCCUUGGGAGAGCCUGGACACAGAGCAGCCCCUGGCCAGACCCCGAACAGGGAGCUCAGAACUGCCCAAAUCCCCUUCAGGGAAAUCAAAGAGCACGGAGAGCCUGAGGGAAGAGAUCUGUCCAUGGGAGUCCCAGGAUAUUAAAUCCAGUGAUAAAUCUGAAAUCUGUCCCUGGGAGUCUCAGGACUCCAAAUCCAGUGAAAAAGCUGAAAUGUGUUUAUGGGACGUGGUUGCACAUCAGCUGGAAAAAUCAGCAACCCCAGAAAUGAAGAGAGUGCCACGAAAACAACCUUCCAGAGCUCUGGAGAAGGGGAGCAGAGAGAGGGAAUCCAUCUCUUCUUGGGAGAGCCCAGACACAGAGAAGCACCCAGCCAGAUCCCAAACUGGGAGCCCAGCACUGCCCAAAUCUCCUUCAGGGAAAUCCCAGAGCUCAGAGAGCCUGAGGGAAGAGAUCUGUCCGUGGGAGUCCCAGGACUCCAAAUCCAGUGACAAAGCUGAGAUCUGUCCCUGGGAAGUGGCUGCACCUCCCUCCAAGGGGGACAAGCGCAUCACGCGCCAGGCAGCGCUGGCCAGCCCGGACAGAUCCCCGGGCAGCAGAGACCGAGUGUCCGUCUGUCCUUGGGAGAGCCUGGACACAGAGCAGCCCCUGGCCAGACCCCGAACUGGGAGCUCAGAACUGCCCAAAUCCCCUUCAGGGAAAUCAAAGAGCACGGAGAGCCUGAGGGAAGAGAUCUGUCCCUGGGAGAGCCAGGAUCUUAAAUCCAGUGACAGAGCUGAGAUCUGUCCCUGGGAGUCUCAGGACUCCAAAUCCAGUGAAAAAGCUGAAAUGUGUUUAUGGGACGUGGUUGCACAUCAGCUGGAAAAAACAGCAACCCCAGAAAUGAAGAGAGUGCCACGAAAACAACCUUCCAGAGCUCUGGAGAAGGGGAGCAGAGAGAGGGAAUCCAUCUCUUCUUGGGACAGCCCAGACAUGGAGCAGCCCACGGCCAGACCCCAAACUGGGAGCCCAGCACUGCCCAAAUCUCCUUCAGGGAAAUGCCAGAGCUCAGAGAGCCUGAGGGAAGAGAUCUGUCCCUGGGAGAGCCAGGAUCUUAAGUCCAGUGAUAAAGCAGAGAUCUGUCCCUGGGAGGUAGGUGAACCUCAGCUGGAGAGUGGAACAGCCCCAGGUAAGGAGAGAAUCUCAGGAAAAGAAGAGACCACGGUUCUGGAGAAGGGCAGCAGAGACCGAGUGUCCGUCUGUCCUUGGGAGAGCCCAGACAUGGAGCAGCCCCCGGCCAAUCUCCAAACUGGGAGCUCAGAACUGCUCAAAUCUCCUUCAGGGAAAUCCCAGAGCUCAGAGAAGGCAGAGAUCUGUCCCUGGGAGGUUGAAUCCAGUGAUAAAUCCGAGAUCUGUCCCUGGGAAGGGGCUGAACCUCAGCUGGUGAAAGAGACUGGCCCAAGGAAGGAGAGACUCUCAGCAAGAAACGCCUCCAAAGCUCCGGAGAAGGGGAGCAGAGACCGAGAGUCCAUCUGCCCCUGGGAGAGCCUGGACACAGAGGAGCUGUCCCUGAAAAGUUCUGUGGGAAAGGAGCCAUCCAUGAAAUCCAGCAGCACAGAGAGCAGGAAAUCUGAAGUUUGCCCCUGGGAAGCAGCAGAGCCCCUUGGGUCAGAGCAGCCAGGUGUGCAGCCACAGGGAGCGCACAGAGCCUCCCCUGCUGUGUCUCCAACACCUGUGGAACAAUCCAGGGGCAGAUCCCACAGGGAGGCCUGGCACAAGCCCCUGUGCCGGCUCCAGCCCAGCAUCCAGCACGCAGGGCAGGGCAGCAGCUCCAGCCCCAGCACUGGCCUGGCUGAGGUUUGUCCUUGGGAAGCUGCAGAGGCUCCACCAGCACCUGCCAAGCCCAGCUCGGACACAGGGAAAAGCUCUGUGGUGUGUCUGUGGGAGGAGGAGAGCGUGGAUCCCUCAGGGAGCUGCCCCGGGCAGGGCAGAGCUGGGGAGAGCUCCUGGGAUGGGGGUGGGGAGUGAGAGGAUCUCAGCACCAUGGCUCCAUCCAUGGAUCCAUCCAUCCACCAAUGGAUCCAUUUAUCCAUCCAUCCAUGGAUCCAUCCAUCC